AAACCUUUUUUUUCUACCUUUUUUUUUUUCUUCUUUCCCUUUUAUAUAUACACAAGCAUGGUCUCGUCUACACAACCUUCACCUAGGAUAGAUGUGUCCACUUCAUUUAUGGAAUCCUUUGGGCAUAUUUGUUCUGUUGAACAAAUGGAACUCUGUCAAAAGCUAGGCAUAUUAUCUAAAUCAGAACAACAACAAGCUUAUAAAAUAGCCAAGGCAUGGAUGGGCCAAAUCCCUAUCGACCCAAACGACUUGGACCACUUGACAGAAUGGAUUCUCAUGCUUCGGGAUCGAUAUUCAGCGCAACUCGAAUCUCAAUGCAUACGUCAACACACCAAUGAUUUAGAACGCAUUGGGUAUCUGGAUGAAGUGCAACGCCUGAGCCAAUUGUUGGAAGAAUACGGUGGAGUCCAUGAAGACUUGACAGAUUUGCUACAAGCACUCAGGAAACUAAGUCAGGAUUGGAAACAUCGUAAAAGGGAUGUGGAGAACAUUGUCCUGUCCAUCUUAUCCUCCAACAAAGAUGCAGCCCAUCGUGUGGUGCGAGUCACUCGAUCUCAUUUGGCCACGUUGGGACUGGGCAUAGCUUCGAUUGGUAAAUACUAUAUUGUGUAUGAACCCUCUACCACAGGAGAACAACAGAAAGAAAUAUUGAAUCACGUGGCCAAGAAUUUCAGUAUGGUGUUUGAAGAGAAUGCAGCACAAAAUCUAGCAAGAAUGGCAGGCAGUUAUCAUCGCAUCUUUCAGGAGGAAUCAGACAUGGAUCUGAUGGACCGUAUUCAGAAACUCAGUAGCCAGGUAUUUGUUCAGCGUCCCAAGUCUGUUGUUUUGCCUUAUCCUUCCAGUCUGCCUGGACAAGAACAGGACACCCGACGCAAUUCGAGUUUUUUAGAACGAAGGAAAUCGGUAGUGCUUGUUGAGAAUCAACUUACGAUGCCUAUGGUGUUUAACAUGACAAUGCCUUUAUUUGAACCUGCUGGAUGGGAUUGGCCUCAUAUGCUUAAACACAAACAGUCUAAUCAGAAUUAUUGGUGUCAUUCAACAACAACAACGCAUCAUGAUGUCUGGUCUACAUCGAUUGCCCGCUUAGCAGAUCAUUUUGCCCAAGUAGGACAAGCUUAUUAUGCCAAUAUGCAUAACAAUGCUCGGUUAAUGCAUUCACAUCGAUCUCAAAUGUUUGAAUUUGCUACUCAUUCACUAAUGAAAACCUACCGUGCGCUUCAAUUAGAACAAGGCUGUGCCAAUCUAAAUCGAGUGCUUACUUUUCUCUAUAGACUUCAACAAGAAAACUCAAGAAUUUAAUACCCCCC